UUGCAAAGUUGAAGAUGGUUUGACUAGAGUCCUAUACUUAAGUGUUUAGUUUCUCCAUUUCAGCCACUCUUGAAGCAAAAAGUUACAUUUUCUAACAAAUAUCCAACCAAUCCCUUGUAUUCUAGGAAAUUGAAACACCAAUAUUACAAGCAUCUCUAAAUUAAGCAGCUGCAGCAAGUCUUGAAACAUUGAUUUUAUCAUAUCCUAUCCUUCCUACAUCCCUUUCUGAUUCAUUCAUUUCUUUUCAUCUGCUUUAUUUGCAGAUCUGAAUACAUACCCAACUGAAUACUUGUCAAAAAGAUCCACCUCAAUGUCCUCAUCUGUUUCAACAACGAGUGUUCAUGUUACUGCCUUGGAUGGUCUAGUUAAUGUGAAUUCACUUUUCACCAUUGCAGUCUUUGUGGGUCUCUCUUUAACAACACCUGGACAGAAAAGUCUGGAGGAUCGCACAGCUUGUGAUGCUGGGAUUGAUAUAGUUAAGAAGUUGUUGGUUUUUGAGGUCGUUUCAUUCAGCUUCUUUCUCUUUUCCUCACUUGUUGCACAGGGUCUCAAAUUGGCAAUUAAUUUGUUGAAUAGCAAAGAUGUUGAUGAGGCUUUUAGGGCUCACAUCAAUUUGAAGGUGCUCAGGCUUGGAAUGAUGGCAUCUGCUAUUGGAUCCGUAAUGGGCUGUUUAUUCUUGAUGCUUUCAAUUGUCAAUGUCAUUCAGAUUCGACUCGGGGUCUUAUCUUGUGGAAACUGGAAUGAUAGAAAAUCCCUUUGAACUAGAGCUCAUAAUGUCUUUGUCAAGGUAGAAAGUCAUAUGCAAUUAAAAGUUGGUCAUCAUGGUUCAACUGACAUAUGGAACCUCCACCAACUACUAAUCGACAACUUAAGCAGGGGUUUUUCAAGAAAACACAUGAUAUUCUUCUUUAUUCUAAUUAAGUUUUAGCUUAUCAGCUUUUUCGACCAUACUCCUAUUUCUCCUUUUCCAGCAGAGAUGUCUUUAAAUGGUCAGGAUUAUGUAAUUUUCUCAAAAAAUAUAUCAUAAGUUCAUCCA